GUCCAGCAGAGGUCCCUUAGGCAGGGAAUCAAGAGCUACUAUGGGCACUAGUGAUUCCACUUGUUCUGCAACCUGCCUGCCACAGAACAUUAGUUUGGCAAUGUCUGUCAUUGACGCCAGCUGUCCAGUUGAGGUUCAGGAUUUCAGGUUUCUACAACUGAAGUCGGCUGCGUUUGAGGGAAAGCCGGCCUUCUCUGUCGAACACAGCUCUUCUCUGGCUGCUUGCAACAAAUAUGGCAUCCUUUUCGUCGCGCUUGGGAAGACGGUCAAAGCGGUGCGGCUGGGCACUCUGACGGCGCCAGAGCCGGAGCGGGACGCAGCGACGCUCACGCUGGCCAGCCUACGGCUGGCGGCGGACGUCACGCACCUGUCGCUCAGCUGCGACGAGCUGACACUGCUGGUGGCCACCACGCACCAGCGCUGCGCUCACGGCUACCUGUACGACGUGCGAGCCUUCUGCGGACAG